UGGAAUCACCGGAGCAGCGAUAUGAAUGUCGCUUCGCGAACCGCAGCGAUGAGAUCUGCUGAAACUCUGCUGCAGCGAAUUUGCCUUUGCACCAACUGUUACUCUCUCAUGCAGACAUCUCUAAUGCCACAUUCCAUGGAGGUUCUAUUGGCUGUGAAUGUCUCUUGCCUUGCAAGAUCAUGCAACUGCCGAGUCUGUGCAAAAGCGGCCGUGGCAAGGACCGAGCUACAACGUUGACAAGGGGCCAUGGCAAUCGAUCAUCGGAAGGAUGUGGUAUGGACCGCUUUCCUAUCAAGACUUCACUUCAUCAGAAAAUCCUCUGGACACGACAUUAUCAGCGAGAAUGGCAGAAAAAUCGGCAGCUGCAUCAUCCUUGGCGGAGCGCCGUGGCCCGCUCAACGUUGUGAUUAUUGGAGGAAGCAUUGCCAGCCUUAUGGUCGCCUUCCUGCUGAAGAAGAAAGGACACAACAUUACAAUUUUGGAGCAGUCAACCACUUCCGUACGAGAAGGCACAGCAGCCGGCGUGGGUCUUGCAUUGCACGUCAGGACUUUUUUCGAGGAUGAGCUCGGAAUCGACGGAAACGCUCUAGGAAUCCUGCACAAGGGCUUCGAAGUGCUGGACCAGAACCUCAAUGUCAAAGCCUUCAUCCCUAAGCCAACUCGUGUCACAAGCUGGGAUUGUGCCUACUAUCAGCUGCGAGCCAAGUUCGAUGGACUCAAAAGCAGUUAUGUCAAAGAUGCAGAAAUGAUCGUGACCAAAGGCACAGCAAUAUACGAAGUAGGCAAGAAAGUUCUCAAAGUCGAGCCAGAGGGGAACGGCAUGGCGACCGUUGUCGAGGACAUCGCCACGGGAAAGUCGCAGCGCUAUUAUAGCGAUAUAAUCAUCGCAGCCGAUGGCGCGAACAGCAGCAUCCGACGGCAACUAAAUCCCAAUCUUGCACGCGAAGAACCAGGCUACGUGCUCUGGCGCGGCACAGUCAGAACGGGCGACCUCCCCUCUGACACCCGCGCCGCGUUCGAGAAUCGCGCUCUCGUCUGGGCAGGCACAUACACUUACGCCAUCACCUACACGAUUCCUGGUGAUGACGGAUCUCUCGAGCCCGGCCACGGCCAUAUCAACUUCGUCUGGUACACUUGGCCUACGCACUCCAGCGCAGACGACAUCUUAACCGACACCACGGGUCACCGCCACCGCAGCACAGUCCCGAAAGGCAAAUUACGUCCCGAGAUCUGGAAAGCCCAAGUCGAAAUCGCCAAAAAUGUCCUCCCGACAAAACUCUACGAACUCGUCUGUCUCAUCGAGACCCCCUUCGUCACCAAAGUCACAUCAAUGUGCGCCCCCAAAGCAGCAUAUUUCGACAACAAAGUCUUCCUCAUCGGCGAUGCUCUCACUCAAGCUCAGCCGAACAAUGGCCAAGGAGCGAAUCUCGCGGCGUUUGCGGCGAAAGGUUUGGCAGAAGCUAUCGGCAAAGUAGGUGAUCCUGCACCAGUUGCAAGCAAGAAAGGCCAAGCUUCGCCAUUUGUCGAUGCAGGGAAAAUUGCAAAAUGGGAACGAACCGUUCUCGCAACCAAUGAAGUCGUCCGGGUGGAUUCAGUCGCAUUUGGAAGUCGGUAUUUGCACACUCGGUUCUGGACUUUUUGGAGGUAUCUUCGCGUGUGGUUGUUUAGGUGGUGGUAUAAGAAAUUGCUUUGUAGGAUGGAGUGAGUACGCGCAAUUUGCUGGCUGUGGGCGUCGUCUCGAGAUUUGCGGGCGUUGUUGGGACGUGUCAAAAUGUGGGUGCAAUGUACGAAAGUGUGUGGAACUACUAUUUUGUACACUGUUUGUCCGGU